CGUCGAAUUUUAUAGAAGUGACUCGUGAGUAUCAUGACAGCAUAAGAAUAAAUCACGAUGCAUUGCGACGUGUUCUCAUCAGAUCGGAGAUCGGAGAUCGGCCUAUAGCUUUCAUUUCAAUUGUUGGAAGAGUAAGAACUGGGAAGUCCUUCCUUCUCAACUUUAUUUUGCGGUAUCUUAAAAAUGAAGGCUGGAAAGACUCAAACUGGAUGGGUGACGACCACACGAGCGUCGGUAAUGGAAUACCAUUCACAUCUGGACCUCAACAGGACACGACAGGAAUUCGAAUAUGGCAUGAAGUUUUUUAUGUGCCUCAAAAGGAAGGAGAAAAGAUGGCUGUAUUAUUAAUGGACACGCAAGGCUUAUUUGACAAUGCAACACCGGAGGACGUCAACAUAUCUUUGCUCACAUUGAGUACGUUAGCAAGCUCUUUGCAAAUAUUCAACACCAAUAGAGUGCUGGAUACUCGAGACUUGAGUUACCUGAAGACUUGUGUCGAGUUUGCAAAGGAGACCGCACGUUCCGACGAUCCAUUAUUUAAGUUACAAGCCUUGAACUUUCUGGUCAGAGACCACGAUGGCGACGAACCUUUCAAAUACGGCGAAGAAGGAGGCGAGAAAUAUAUGCAAACUAUCUUUGACUCAAAAGAUGGCGAUGACAAGCAGAUAACUAUAAGAAAACAAAUUAAAGAAAGCUUUAACAAUGUCAGCUGUUCACUUCUACCGCAUCCUGGUCUUGGUGUACCAAAAAAAGCUUUUCAGGGCACAAAUGCAGAACUUGAACCAGAGUUCAGACAGCAAAUCAAAUCGUUCGUGGAAUUCAUCGCAUUUCCUUUCCGUUUGCAACGCAAAGAAUCAAACAAGAAGGCACUAACAGCACGAGAUAUUCUCAACAUGAUAAUCGCUUCUGAUGGAAUAUUUGCUUGCAGAGUCUACGAACCAGAGAACAUGAUUGAGGUGAAUAUAAAGUCGUAUUACGCCACCGCAUACGAAGAAUCCAUAAUUGAAUAUGACGAAGCCAUGAAGAAAAUUUUUCCCGGCGAUAAUGUCAUGAAUGAUGAAGAAUUGAAAAAGUAUCAUCAAGAUGCGAAGAAAAAUGCUCUGAAGGUGUUUGAGCUGACGAAACAAAUGGGCGACGGAAAAUUUCGAAAGCAUUAUCAUGCCCACCUUGGUAAAAUAUGCGAAGAUCACUUUGAUACUGCGACUCGGAAGAACAAUGCGCUGAAGAAUGCCGCUCAGCUAGUGAAAAAAAGAAAAACUAGAAAAGCAAUUUGCGAAUAUGAAAAAGAAAUGCAGUUGUUUCUCGCAAAUGACUGCGUAGAACCAAUAGAAUUGAUGAAACACCACACGCGAACAUUCGAAAAAGUACGCAAUGGAUACGGAGAUGCUAUAAACGCAGAUGAGCUUCAGAGUGAGGUUAAUGACCUUCAUUUGAAAAUCCGUUUCGAAAACAAACAAAGAAUUGACAUGAAGAAAUCACAAAGCGAGGACGUAAGAAAAUCGGGCCUGUAUUGGCUAGUUCGGGAUUUGGACUUUAAAUGCGGCAAAAAAUGGAGAAAGAGAUUGUCGACAUAUCAAGCUGUUGCUGACAUGGCAAAGCAUCAUAAAGAGAUAAAGAAAAAAAUUGAAAUCAAAUAUCGUAAAAACGCAUUGACGGACAUCGAACUGAAAUACAGCAAUAAACUGGAACACAGGCUUGAAGUAGAGUACAAAAGAGCAUUGGCAGCGUCUAGGAAAACCACGUAUUCAGAAUCGUUGAAAGAACAGAUUUCUCGCCGUCCGAUCAAAAAUGAAGAGGAAAAGAAAGACAUACCAGAAAAAGAGCAUUUCUGUUAUGACGUGGUCGAGAAAAUCAUUUGUAAAUACGCAGAGGAACUGCAGAAAAACCUUGAUAACAAAAUUACUCCACAACAAAUGCGAGAUAACAUGGAAAGUGAACAUCGCGACAAACUGGAAGAAUAUUACGAAGGCUGCUUCAUCGCUCUGAAAGAAUAUUUUGACAAAUUGAAGGAGAUGAUCAAAGAAAGAAAAGAAAAAGCGAAUAAACAAAACAACAAAACUAAGGAAAAUAUGAUAUCGGAGCUGACUUGUAUGAUUGAAGAAGAAGUAUUUGCAGAAGAAGAAAGGCUACAGGAGAUGAUGAACGAUCGUUAUUUUGACAUGGAUGAACUGGAUUCGCAUUACGAAAAAAUCAAGAGGAAAUUUUUGGAUGUCUUGUCUUCGAGCGCGACGCAGUUCUUUCUCAGAUCACAUAUCAUCAAAGAAUUUGAGUCAGUCAUAAAAGAAAAAUUUGACGAAUCGUUGGAAAAAAUGAAAAAAAAAAAUGCUGAGAACGUUGAUAGUCGAAUUGUGACAAGCAAUGAAAUUCCCCAAAACGGAUCGUUAUGGGAAAGAAUAAAAAAAUUUUUCCGUCGGCUGUUUGCAUUGAAUUAAUUACUAUUUAAUUUUUCUUGAUCUUACAGGCUUUCCUAAUGAUAUACUCAAUAAACUAAUAAACCGCCAUAACAAUCGAAAACCUUUUUCGAUGCUUAGAACGUUAAAAAAAACACGUUAAUGAAACACUUCGAAUGCGUCAAUCGAAUUCAAUGCUAGAUCAUUGCAAAUGAUUAAUAUGUACAAGCUGAUGUAUUGACCACAAUCCGUCUGUAUCAAUAUUUGAACCCAGUUGGAUCAAAAAUUCUUUUUCAAGAACUACGUUUUAUGAUUUCCGGAACUUUUAUUUUUUAUUUCGUUGAGGGGCCUAACGUAUAUAAUCU